AGAGAGAGAGAGAGAGAGAGAGAGAGAGAGAUGGAGAACGAUGGGGACGUUAGGGGGAGGAAGAGGAGGGGGAGGAGAUGGAGGAGUAUGGCAUAUGGAAGAAGAACACGCCGUUCCUCUACGAUCUCGUCGUCUCCCACGCCCUGGAGUGGCCGUCUCUUACUGUCCAGUGGCUCCCCGAUGCUCCUUCAGGCUCCGCAAUCCCCCUGCGGAGGCUCAUCUUCGCCACCCACACCGCCGAGGACGAGCCCAACUACCUGAUGGUCGCCGAUGUCGUCGUUCCUCUCGAAGGUUGCGACGGCCGGGCCUUAGAGAAGGAGAUCGCCGGCACCGAAGACGACGGCGGCGCCAACAACCAGAUACGUCUGAUACGAAGAAUUAAUCAUGAUGGUGAAGUUAACCGGGCCCGAUAUAUGCCACAAAAUUCCUCUAUUAUUGCUACAAAAACCACUAGUUCAGAUAUUUACGUUUUUGAUUAUCAAAAGCAGCCAUCUGGAUUUACAGAUGGUCCUUGCAGUCCUGAUAUGGUGUUAAAAGGUCAUAAGAAGGAAGGGUUUGGUUUGUCAUGGAGCCCUCUCAAGGAAGGAUAUCUACUCAGUAGCUCACGGGAUUCAUAUAUAUGUUUAUGGGAUAUUGGUGGAUCUGCACAAAAUAUUUUGGAGGCCAAGGAAAGAUAUGAGUCUCAUGAGGGGGAUGUUGGUGAUGUUUCAUGGAGUUGGAGGAAUGAAUCUCUGUUUGGUUCUGUUGGAGAUGAUCAUCGAUUGCUUAUUUGGGAUUGGCGAGCUUGCAAACCAAAUCAGCCGCAGCAUGCGAUUCAAGCUCAUGAAGCUGAGGUCAACUGUCUGGCAUUCAAUCCAUUUAAUGAAUCAAUUCUAGCUACAGGAGCUGCAGACAAGACUGUCAAUUUGUUUGAUAUGCGAAAACUUAAUAUGCCACUGCAUACAUUUGCUGCUCAUACAGAUGCAGUGUUCCUAUUGCAAUGGAGCCCUAAGAAUGACCAUGUGCUUGCUUCCGGGGGUGAUGAUGGAAAAGUGAUGGUUUGGGACGUUAACAGAAUUGGUGAUGAGCAAGAUCCAGAAGAUGCUGAAGAUGGACCUCCUGAGCUUCUCUUCAUCCAUGGUGGUCAUACUGAAAAGGUCUCCGACUUCUCAUGGAGCUUGAAUGAUGAUUGGCUCAUGUCAAGUGUGGCUGAGGAUAACACACUUCAAAUUUGGCAGAUGGCAAAAAAUAUCUACACUGAAGACGACUCUGAACAAAAUGAUGUUUAUCUGUAGAAACUGCUAAAGCAGCUAUGAGGACAUUCUUUUACGCAAUUCUGUCUAACUUCAUUUACUAGAUUCUUGAACUCGUGAUAGGUUAAAGAACUGACAGAAUCUGCAACACAAAGGUGAGGUGGCUGAAUGUACUCUAUCAAGCGUAUUAGAUAGAACCUUUUUGGUUAAUAUAUUUUGCUUUAUCUAGUAAUUUUGUUGGGUGUGUAAGAUAGUUCCAUUCGUUUCAUGAAGGUCUCAUUUUGUUUGCUUUA